GAGCUGCUGCAGGACCUCGCCCAAGUCCACGAGGGCAUCGGACACUUGGGGUCGAUGUUUGAGCAGGCCAAGCUGACGCACGCGAUGCAGCUCCGCACCAUCCUGACCAAGCUCAUGCUGCGGGGCAUCCUCGCCCCCGAGUCUGCAACCUACAUCGCCUCGGUCCCGCCCGCCACGCCCAUCCCGCCCGAGGUGGUGCGAUCGCUCGUCGCGGCGCCGGGCGCAAACCUGCCCGCCGCCCCCCCCGGCCGCCGCCGCCCAAUGGAUCCCUUAGUGCGCGUGCGGACUCAAUGCAUCCUAGGCGCCACCCUGCCCGCCACCGCCGCGGCCGCCGCGGCUCAGUUCGGCAGCACGUCGCGCUCUCCCGCCGCCGUGGUGCCCCCGAGCGUCGUUGCGUCGCUCGGCCUUGGCAGCAGCAGCCUCUCCGCCGCUGGCCUCGGCGGGCAGGCCCCCGUCGCGCCGCGGCCGCAGAGCGUCGAGAAUCUGCAGGCGCAGCUGGACGCACUCGAGUCUGGGCUGGCGCCGCUGCACGGCGGGGUGGCGGCACCCGACGGCGCGGCCAACGUCGGCUCGCACUCCAUCGACCUGCAGUCGCUGUUUUCGUCGGCGGGCUUGUUCACGGCCGGACUGCCUUGGGGCGACGAGGCGCUGCAGUUCUUCGCGGACAAUGCUCCGCGAGAGCUGCGGCAGCCGCCCUACCCCGUCGACGCACACAACGCCGCCAGUGCCGCAGCGGCGACGGUGACAUGCGCGCCGCUGGCGAGCGUGCCGGCAUCGAGCUUGGCCAGCGCGGCGGCGGGCUUGCCGACUUCGCUGAUGCAGGCCGGGGGUGCGCCGGCGACGGCGGCGCCGGUGGUGCGGGCGGGGUGAGGGGGGAGGGGGGCUGCGCCGCCCCUCUCCCCCAUGCAUGGCUCUGGACAGAGAGCACGCGCGCGACAGUGAGCAGUGAGCAGCGAGGCUGCAGGAGGGGCGCGGUGCGCGCUCUUGCUCGUGGCUGGACGGCGAGGUGGCGGGAGCGCGCCCGAGGGCGCUCUAGACGCGCACACUCUCUCCUAGCGGGAUCGCACAGUCAAACGCGUCCGUGUCCCCCGGUUGAGUCGUGAGAGUUGCAGUUGGGAGGGGCCAUGCAGCGUGAACACGGCCAUGCUCCCUUGAUGCACACUGACAUGAGAUUCCACUUGUCGUGUCGGUACUUUACGUGGACUAGCACUACGGCUCUAGGACACUUUGCGGCUUGAGAUAUGAAAACACUACGUGUAGAGCC